AUGGCGGACAUGCCCAUUGUACUCGACGGAGGAACGGGUUUCCUCAAGGUCGGAUAUGCUGCGCAGAACUUCCCCGAGCACCAGUUCCCCUCGAUAGUGGGGCGGCCCAUCCUGCGAACUGAGGAACAGGCUGGCGAUAUUGUCGUCAAGGAUAUUAUGUGCGGAGAUGAAGCCGCCGCCGCCAGGUCGAUGCUCCAAAUCAGCUACCCUAUGGAAAAUGGUAUCGUCAAGAAGUGGGAUGACAUGCAACAUCUAUGGAACUACACUUUCUACGAUAAGAUGAAGAUCGACCCUACCGGCCGCAAGAUCCUCCUCACUGAACCGCCCAUGAACCCGCUCAAGAACCGCGAGCAGAUGGCUGAGGUCAUGCUGGAACAGUAUAACUUCGGAGGAGUCUAUGUCGCCAUUCAGGCAGUUCUCGCACUAUAUGCUCAAGGUCUCAGUAGCGGAGUUGUCGUGGACUCCGGUGACGGUGUCACCCACAUCAUCCCCGUCUAUGAAUCUACAGUUCUAAACCACCACAUUCGCCGACUCGACGUCGCUGGUCGCGAUGUUACCCGGAACCUCAUCGCCCUCCUUCUCCGCCGCGGAUAUGCGCUGAACCGUACAGCGGACUUCGAGACCGUUCGCCAGGUCAAGGAGAAGCUCGCCUAUGUAUCCUGCGACCUCGAACUCGACAGAAAGCUCUCCGAGGAGACCACCGUACUAGUCGAAUCCUACACCCUCCCCGACGGCCGUGUCAUUCGAGUCGGUAGCGAGCGGUUCGAAGCCCCCGAAUGUCUUUUCCAACCGCACCUGGUGGACGUCGAUCAGCCUGGUAUGGCUGAGUUGCUGUUCAACACCAUCCAAGGCACCGAUGUCGAUGUCCGCUCCAGCUUAUACAAGGCCAUCGUGCUCAGUGGAGGAAGCAGCAUGUACCCCGGUCUGCCUACGCGACUGGAGAAGGAAUUGAAACAGUUGUGGUUGACACGGGUGCUCAAGGGCGACCCGGAACGACUGAGCAAAUUCAAGGUCCGCAUUGAGGACCCACCCCGACGGAGACACAUGGUCUUCUUGGGAGGAGCAGUCCUCGCCAACUUGAUCGCAGACAAGGAAGACAUGUGGGUUACCAAGCAAGAGUGGGAAGAGCAAGGGGCUCGCGCUCUCGCCAAGCUCGGCCCAAGGUAG